AUGGAGAAGCAGAACCAGCACAGUGAAGACCCGUUUCCCAUCUACACAGCGAUUGACAAGCAAUACAAACAGAGCAAGGAUGAGAAAGACUCCUGGUUUGAGAUCAGUCCACAUGAAGCAGGUUAUUCUCUCACUGGAGCUUUUGUGGGAACCUCCAGCUUCGGCAGCCAGUUUGACAAAGGCUCAAAGAAAAAACCUCAGGAUGAAAUGGACAUGCUGUACCUGCAAGCUCUGUGUGGCAGCGCUUUAGCUGAUGGAGAUGAGAACAUUAAGAACAUCUGGCAAAAAAUAAAAGAUUUCUUUAAACCUUCAUUAGCUUUAAUACAAUCGGAGAUGUUUGAGGAAAUGGGGAAAGAUCCUAAAGCCCCACCUGCAGAAAAGGGUUACCAGGUGCUCAUGGAUCUUGUGGACAUGAAUCUCGCUGUUUUGAAUGGCAAAGAUCCUUCUGCUCUUGAUCAAUCCAUCAGAAAAACACUGAACGAGCUCGGUGGAGGCAAAAAGCUGAUCUUUUCUACAGAAAAACUGGAUCUCACUGAUAAACUAGCUACAAAACUGUACAUGAAGCAAUACACUGAGGAUGUGUGCAAUAAUUUGAGUAGUUGGUUCAGUUCCUGCCCUCUCAGUAGGUUGAAUUGUCUGAACAAUCUAUUUGAUUUGUACAAUAACUCAAUAACGUACAUGUUUCCAUCUUUUACAGAGCUCGGUGGAGGCAAAAAGCUGAUCUUUUCUACAGAAAAACUGGAUCUCACUGAUAAACUAGCUACAAAACUGUACAUGAAGCAAUACACUGAGGAUGUGUGCAAUAAUUUGAGUAGUUGGUUCAGUUCCUGCCCUCUCAAUGUUUGGAUUAAGACUUGUAUAUGCAUGGCUGAGUGGCUCUGGGGAAGGAAAUAUGGCUUUCUCCACAACAUGAACGAUAAAACCGUGCCUUCUACUCUUCUGAAAAGUAAGAAGAGAGACUAUGAAGACGCCGGACUGUUGCUGAACUCACCCUACUUCUCAGUGCUGAGAGAAGAACGAGACAUUGACCUCAUCAUUUCCCUGGAUUUCAGUGAAGGCGAUCCUUUCAUGACAGUGAGACGAGCUGCUGAUAUGUGCAAGAAACAAAACAUCCCUUUCCCUGAAGUCAACAUUCCCAGUGAAGACGUGAAGAAACCAAAGGACUUCUAUGUGUUCAAAGGCCAAAACGCUCCAACCGUGAUUCACAUCCCUCUGUUUAAUGUGGUCAACUGUGGAGGCAAGUUCAGAUUGUCUAAUAAUAUUAAGGCCUGGUGGAACAAAUAUGGGACCGUUCAAGGUUCUUACAGCGCUGAGAAGAUCACUGAUCUUAUGGAGGUCGCUGGAAAAAACAUCUCAAACAACAGAGAGAAACUGAAGGAGCAGAUUCAAGCAGUCAUUGAGCAAAAAUUACACAAAUAA